AUGGAUGCACAGAAGUUCCAGCAAUACUUUGACGACGCACCUAUCUUUAAUAUCCCCGGGCGACGUUACCCCGUGGAUAUUCACUAUACAUCACAGCCAGAGGCGAACUACCUGGCCGCAGCAAUCACAACCGUUUUUCAGAUCCAUGUCACACAAGGUCCUGGAGAUAUUCUUGUGUUCUUAACCGGCCAGGAGGAGAUUGAGGCGGCCGAACAAAGCUUGCAGGAGACUGCGCGGAAGUUGGGGAGCAAGAUACCAGAAAUGAUAAUAUGCCCUAUCUAUGCCAAUCUACCAUCCGAGUUACAAACUAAAAUUUUUGAACCGACGCCACCGAAGGCACGAAAAGUCGUACUCGCUACGAACAUUGCCGAAACUAGUUUGACUAUUGACGGUAUUGUCUAUGUGAUUGAUCCAGGUUUUGUUAAAGAGAAUGUCUUCAAUCCCCGAACUGGAAUGGAAAGUUUGGUAGUAACACCGUGCUCGCGGGCAUCUGCCAACCAGAGGGCCGGGCGAGCCGGGCGAGUUGGACCUGGGAAAUGUUUCCGUCUCUACACGAAGUGGGCUUACCAUAACGAGUUGGAGGAGAGCACGACGCCUGAAAUCCAACGUACAAAUCUCAGCAGCGUCAUUCUGAUGCUCAAGUCACUAGGGAUUGAUCAGUUACUCGAUUUCGAUUUCAUGGACCCCCCGCCAGCCGAGACAAUUAUUAGAGCCUUGGAGCAGCUUUAUGCUUUGGGCUCAUUGAAUGAUAGGGGCGAACUAACGAAGGUUGGAAGACAAAUGGCGGAGUUUCCGACAGACCCCAUGCUGGCCAAAGCUAUCUUGGCGGCGGACAAAUAUGGCUGUGUGGAGGAGGUGCUUUCCAUUGUGUCAAUGCUAGGGGAGGCCAGCGCUUUAUUCUUCCGGCCCAAGGAUAAGAAGAUACACGCGGAUAGUGCACGUAAUCGGUUCACGAUCAAGGAUGGCGGGGAUCAUCUGACUUUGCUCAACAUCUGGAAUCAAUGGGUUGAUUCCGACUUCAGCUAUGUAUGGGCGAAGGAAAACUUCCUGCAGCAGCGCAGCUUGACUCGGGCACGCGAUGUACGCGAUCAACUGGCGAAAUUGUGUGACCGAGUCGAGGUCACUGUCAGCACAUGUGGGUCGAACAACCUGCAACCGAUUCAGAAAGCCAUCACGGCUGGGUUCUUCCCGAACGCAGCGCGUCUGCAACGCGGUGGUGAUAGUUACCGGACGGUGAAGAAUGGGCAAACAGUAUACCUGCACCCGUCAAGCACGCUGUUCGAGGUCAAUCCCCGGUGGGUAAUCUAUUUCGAACUCGUGCUGACGAGCAAAGAGUAUAUGAGGAGCAAUAUGCCACUCCAGGCUGAGUGGCUCGUGGAGGUUGCGCCACACUACUAUAAGAAGAAGGACUUGGAGACAUUGGGGCUCGAACGAAAAAUGAAAGGACAAGGAGCGGCAGGUGAAAAGAGUCGAGACUAA